CAGGUUCAUAAAAUCACUUCAAGGUUCAAUGACAAAGUGUAAAAAGUUCACUGACUGUGUGAAACUUUGGUCAGAGGGAAUAGAAGAGACGAUAAAUGUCAGCCAAAAGAAAAGUCUGUCGGAGCAGGCAGGAUGUCUGUGACCAUGACCAAGGCUGAAGGGGUCACUGUGCUCACUUUGACCUCGGACCCCCAAAGUGUUUUACCUCCAAUAUGCCAAAUCCUCAAAGGCCUUUGUUACAGCCCUAUAUGCUGCUCUGUGUCCCAGCAUCUGAAGAAGCUCCAGGGCUCAUCUCAGUCAGUCCUGGGGGCUCUGCAAAUCAUGAUUGGUUUGCUGAACAUCGGCCUCGCAGCGAUCCUCUGUAGCUCUGGGUCUGGCUCUCGGUGGCAAAUGGAUGAAUACAUGUAUCCCUUUUGGAUGGGAGGACUGUUUAUUUUAUUUGGUGUCGUGAGCAUCGUGUCUGAGAAGCGUCCAAGUCCCUGCCUGGUUAUCCUCAACGUGAUUCUGAAUCUCUCAGGAGUUGCUUUCUCCAUUGCAGCCAUCGUGCUCUACAGCAUCAACAUUUCAAACAUUUGGUUGUGGUGGAUGUGUGAAAAUAAUCAUUAUUACAAUUAUGAUUACAACCGACACACUUCAACAACUCCAUCUCCUGAUAAGACUAAAUGCUUGGAGGUCUAUGCAAUAACUCUGAUGCUUUUGAGAAGCAUCAACGCCGUGCUGAUUGUUCUGUCCGUCCUGGAGUUCUGUGUGGUCAUCAGCUCUGCUGUCUUGGGGAUCAAGGCUCUUUGCUUCAUUCAGAAGAGAGAGAAGAACAAGAGUCCUGAAGACCCCCAACUCUACAAACCCCUGCUGGAGGAGGUCACCAGUAACCCUGCAGCCUGAAUGAAAACCUCUGCUUUGCACUUUUAGUGACCAGACAGGAACUCUCCUGUUGUGCUUUUAUGAAUCAUAACCACUGACUGUAUUUACUGUUAAAUCAUCCGCUCACUUGGUAUAACCUGUGCUGAAAUUAAAGGUUCUUCUCCUACAAGGGUAGCUUAAAAAUGUUUACACUUAUACUUUUAGAGCACUGGUUCUCAACUGGUGGGUCAGGACCAAAAAGUGGAUCACCAAUGUGUGCCUGGAGAAAAUAAAGUUUCUAAAAGUCUAUGAAGCACUAUAAAAACAUGUCCCAUGUUUAGUUUUUAUUUAAUAAAUCUCAUUCGUUGAGAAAUAUCAGAUAUUAUGGUCCCGAUUUCUAAAGAAGGAGCUGGCGUUGAGGGCUGCAUGGUGGUGCAGUUAGUGAUGUUGCCUCACAGCGAGGAGGUUCCUGGACAGGAGUGCUCUCUGUGGAGUCUGCACGUUCUCCCUGUGCAUGUGUGGGUUCCCUCCAGGUACUCCAGUUACCACAGGACUCCAGUCCAAAGACAUGCUCGUUAGGUCAAUUGGUGACACUAAAUUGCCCGUAGGUGUGAAUGUGGGUGUAGCUGGUCUACCCUGCCUCUCACCCAAUGGCAGCUGGGAUUGGGUCCAGCCCGCCCGUAACCUUCAAAGCAUCAAAGAUAGUGGAUGGAUGGAAGUUGGUGUGGGCCUUGAGGCUAGACCAGUUGAGUACCACUGCUUUAGGGCGCUUUUGAUAAUGAUCUUCAGCCAUUUAUAUUUUCUGCUUUUAUUUAUGUUCUCUGUUUCUUUUUAUUAUUUUUUAAUGUUUGAUUGUCAAUCCAGCAAUGUGCCUUGAGGUCAGAAUUGUUGUAGCUUAAAGGGAAGUCAGUCCAUGUGUGUGACACUGAUGGAUGGGGUGUCGCUUUUAUUUUACUGCAUCAUGCCAUGUUAAAAAAAAACAUGAAUAAAAAAAAGUAAAGAAAG